AUGCAGCGGGUGAGCACUCGGUUUCUGCUGGCGGCGUUGCUGCUUGUGACGGCGGCGGGGGUUGAUGGGGACGGGAAGAGCGUUACAUUGACUCUCGAGAGGGCGAGUAACGAAGGGCUUGAGCUGAGUCGACUCAGGGAACUCGACCGGGUACGGCACGGCCGGUUCUUGCAGCAACAGCAGCAGCCUCCUGGAGUCGUUGAUUUCCUUGUCGAUGGAACCUACGAUCCUUAUCUUAUAGAGCUCGAGUUUUUCGAUCCAUCCGGGUCGUCGACCGCAUCCGUAAUCUCGUGUUCAGACCAACGAUGUGCUUCGGGAGAACAAACUUCCGACUCCCUUUGUACAGAUCAGAAUCGCUGUGGGUACAGAUUCCAAUACGGUGAUGGCAGUGGCACAUCGGGGGUUUAUCUAUCAGACCAAAUGUAUCUUGACUCGGUGGUUGGGAACUCGUUGACUACGAAUUCCUCGGCAUCCAUUGUUUUUGGAUGUAGCACGUCGCAGACUGGAGAUCUCACCAAGUCGGAUAGGGCAGUUGAUGGUAUAUUCGGGUUUGGUCAGCAGGGCAUGUCUGUAAUUUCUCAGCUGGCUUCACAAGGGAUUGUCCCGAAUGCAUUCUCUCAUUGCCUGAGAGGGGGAAAUGGCGGCAGGGGUGGUAUACUGGUGCUUGGUCUAAUUGUGGAGCCAAAUAUAGUCUACACUCCCCUUGUUCCCUCACAGCCACAUUACAACGUAGAUCUGCAGAGCAUUUCCAUAAACGGGCAGAUAUUACCCAUUGCCUCAUCAGUAUUCGAGACAUCGAGCAACACAGGAACAAUAAUUGAUUCAGGAACAACAUUAGCAUACUUUGCUGAAGAGGCUUAUGAUCCUUUCAUAAAUGCAGUUGAGCAAACUGUUUCUCAGUCCAUAAGCCCAACUCUCAACAGAGGAAACCAGUGCUAUUUAACCACAUCCAGUGUCUCCGAGAUUUUCCCUACGGUUAGUUUGAACUUUGCGGGUGGGGCAUCCAUGGUACUGAGACCCCAGGAUUACCUUUUGCAGCAAAACUCUGUUGGUGGUGCUACUGUGUGGUGCAUUGGCAUUCAGAAACUUCAGGGUCAAGGAAUAACGAUUUUAGGAGACCUCGUCUUGAAAGAUAAAAUCGUCGUUUACGAUUUGGCCAGUCAAAGGAUUGGUUGGGCUAACUACGACUGUUCAUUAUCCGUGAACGUAUCUACUACAAGCAAUGGCAGAACCGAAUUUGUGAACGCUGGACAAAUUGACAGCAGCUCAGUCGGUCUCGAGCCGUACAAGUUAAUAUCAAGUGUUGCCACAGCUUUCUUGCUAAAUAUGCCAUUUUUUGGUGUCUUUCCAUUUUUGUGA